GUCCUGCUCCACUCCCUUAUUCUUUGACUGAACAAUGGCUGCCUACAAACGUAUCAAUCACGAAGAGCUCCCCACCUCUGUCCUCGGCAACUGCAUCGAUCUUGCCAGUGCCGCUAUCGGCAGCACCAUCGUUGCAGUCACCGACGAAUUCUUCGCCCCUGCCACCAACAUGAUCAACCCUGCUCCUCCUCAGCACUGCCCCGGUCGCUUCGUCGACACUGGUGCUUGGAUGGACGGUUGGGAGACCAAGCGUCACAACCCCACCUACGAUUGGUGCAUUGUCAAGCUCGGUUUCUCCGGCAGCAUCCGCGGUUUCGACAUCGAUACCCACUACUUCACGGGCAACCAAGCUCCUUUCGCUUCCGUUGAAGCUGCUUUCUGUCCUGAAGGUGAUGUCCUUGCCAAGGAUGUCCAGUGGACUGAAAUCCUUCCCAAGGUUGAAUUGCCUCCCUCUUGCCACAAUGUCUUCAUCUUGGACCAACCUACUGCCGUCUAUACCCACGUUCGCGUGAACAACAUCCCCGAUGGUGGUAUUGCCCGUUUCCGUGCCUACGGUAACGUCAGCGCUAUCUUCCCCAAGGACACUUCUGCUGUCAUUGAUCUUGCUUAUGUCGGUAACGGUGGUCGAUGCGUUGCUGCCAGCGACGAGCAUUUCGGUCCUGGUAGCAACUUGCUGUUGCCUGGCCGUGGCUGCAACCACGAUGAUGGCUGGCAAACCAGACGUUCCCGUGAACCCAACCACUCUGACUUUGUUAUCAUCCGUUUGGGUGCCAAGGGCCACGUCUUGAAGCUCGAAAUCGAUACUUCUGACUUCCACGGUAACUACCCCAAGGAGCUCAUCAUUGAAGGCACCAACACCGAUACCGAAGUUCCCGAGGCUUCCGCUCAGUGGACCAAGCUUGUCGACGCCGGUAAGGUCGGUCCUCACGGCCUCUUCUACUUUGAUCUCCCCAGCACCGACAAGGUUUUCAGCCAUCUCCGAGUCACUAUUGUUCCUGAUGGUGGUCUCAAGCGUGUCCGCGCCUAUGGUGUCCGUGAAGGUGCUCAGCUUCCUGCUUUGCCUAUUGAGGCUCCCUCUCACUACAAGGAAGGUAUUGUCGCUGUUCCCUUGACUCCCGAGAACUACGCUGCCUAUGGUGAUGUGAUCGAGGAAGGAUCCGGUUCUCACUUCAUCAGUGCCAACAUGGGUACUGCUGAAAAGCAUUUAAACACUGCCAAGGUCGUCAACAACCACCCCAACGGUGGUGGCAAGGUUCAAAUGUGCGUUUUCCACUGCCGACCUACCCUUGAACUCCCCAUGACUGCCAAGUUGUUGGAGAGACACCCUUACUCCAGCCAGGCUUUCAUGCCUAUGACUGACGGCAAGGUCCGCGCUUACCUUGUUAUCGUUGCCUUGAACGGUGCUGAUGAUAGACCCGAUUUGUCCACCUUGAAGGCUUUCAUUGCUACCUCCAAGCAAGGUAUCAACUACCGCGAAGGUGUCUGGCAUCACCCCAUGGUCGUCUUGGAACACGAAGCCGACUUUGCCUGUAUCGUCCACGAAAGCGGUAUUCCUGAAGAUGACUGCAACGUCGUUGAUAUCAAGGAAACUGUCAUUCAUGUGCCCGGCUUCCAACGCUUGUAAGACAUGUAAAUAACAUUAUACAUUCCUCUCCAUCACAUUUUUCUUGUUCCUAGUCAUUUAAAAAGAACAUCCCCAAAAGUCCGUUAGAAUAAACAUCUGCACAUAAUUUUGGAUUUUGAUACACAAUCUUCCUGAACUGUCCUUUCUCGUCUCCCAUCACUUUUUGUUUUAUCACCUUUUAU